GCAGCCACGUUGCACAUCUGUGGGCUUUUUGACAACAUGACGCUCCAGUUGAGGCAAUCUGUCCACUUAAGUCCACUGAAGGAAAGCCAGGUGCCUCUCAUACUACAUUCAGACCAAUUUGAUUGUGUUGUUAUGUAGGAAGAUGUAGGAAGAUGUAAAAUCAAAAACACAUUGGAAAUAAGUGGGCCCAAAAUCUUGAAAAUAUACAACUAUUUUAGAUCAGCUCUAUCAUUUCCACAAGUCUGUUAAUUUUACUAUCAAAAUUACAGUCAGUCCAGUCCAGUUUGUGGACACAUGCAGAUCUAAACAGAAAUUAUAACUCAAAAUUCUGUUUGACAAAGAUAACAUUUGAUCAGUUGUCACAAUAAGAGCUCUAUGUUCUUUCUGUUUCUUAAUAUGUUUCUAAAAACAGACAUUAGCUUCUUGUUUGUCUGUGAAAAAAAGAAAAGGAGCUGCACUUCUUUCAACAGAAAUAAAAAAUGACGAUACCUUCCUGCUUUUCCAACUCUCUCCCCAUACCAAUAAUUUCUGUACUGUCCCUAAUCAGAUAUUGCCAGAUGUGUUUUCUGCACUUUCCUCUGCCUGAAAUCAGAGGGGAAGUGGGCCGUCACGUCAGGAAAGAACAUUCCUGGAAGAAAGUCAGUGAGAGAAAGUGAAACUGUCUUUGCUGGAAUCACUGAGGAACACAAAGUACAACAUGUAUUUUUUGUUUAACGUUACCACUUCUAAAAAUAGCAGCAUACACAACUGUUUCCUCUACAUGUUUUGCUGUUUUCUCGUGGCGUGAGCAAACUGUAACUGACUGAAUGUUUGAAUGCCUUGUUGUAAAACCACACAAUGCAACAGAAGCAUCUGAAUUUCUAGUGGGGCAGUUGUCACUGGCCAUCGAGUUCACAUCUUUAUAUAGGGAAUCCCACAUGUGCAGAAACAAACAGUCUUGAUCAGCCACACAGCAGCAGUAUCUGCAACAAAAACUCAAAGAAGUAUGAACAAACAGAGGAAGAUGAUGAUGUUGUGUCUACUUUUGGCAGCUUUUUGCAGCCCUGUGUUUAGUGGAGAAUGGAAAGCCACUGUUGUAAAAGACCUCAAGGCCUUGGUGACAUCGUGCAUUGUGAUACCCUGUUCCUUCACCCACCCUAAAGAAAACCUGCCCUCCUCCAGACUCAGAGGGAUCUGGCAACGUUCAAAUGACAAACAGGCAUUUGUCUAUAAUGAGGAUAAAACAAGGAUCUUGGAAAACUUUCGUGGUCGCACACGGUUGCUGGGAGAGUUGGGUCAAGACAACUGCACCUUAGAAAUUACUGAUAUCAAAAAUCAUGACAAUGGCCCGUUCUGUUUCCGGAUUGAACUAGCACGAACAGAGAAUGACCUGUCCACCAUAGACAAGUUCUCCUUUAUUGAGGAUUGUGCCGAGUUGACAAUGCUCUCUGAACCUCCAACGCCUUCACUGGUUCACCUAGAGACAGGAACUGAGGGAUAUCCCUACACUGUCACCUGUUCAGUCACCCACACCUGUCCCUCCCAUGUGCCUACACUCACAUGGAGCAGGAGCACCCCAGAAAAGAUUGUUGAGAGUCACAGACAACUUCAUCCUGGUCACUGGGAGACACAAUCCAUCCUGGCGUUCAUUCCUGAGGAGAAGGACGAUCACAGUGAAAUCACCUGCACAGCUGUCUUUAAUGGACAGAAGACAUCCUCUGCAACAAUGAAACUCUACAUAAAACGUACAGAAAACUACAACCAUAUCAUCAUCCCCACAGUAGUGGGGAUUAGUAUCGCUGUGGUCUUUGGUCUCUUCUGCAUUUUCAUCGUGAAAAAAUACAAGAACCGCAUUGCAGAGCUUCAAAAUCAAGAGGGCACCAUGUUGAACCGGCUUUCCAGACUGUCUCGCAGGAACAGAGUGUGAAGAUAAUCGAAGGACAAAUUAUGCGUCUUUGAAGUUUGAUGACAGUCGAGUCGAGUCCUUUACUAGAGAGUUGAUGCUUGCUUUCAUUUUAUUCACAUAUUAGCGUCAGAAAAAUGACAUUAUCUUCAUAGCAACUUAGAAAAGAAAAAAAAUAGAACAUAAAAACAAGUUAUAAAAUUCUGUUAACAAAGCUUGAAUGUUUUAGCAGCAUAAUAACCCGAAAAGCAACGUUGCGUACUAUUAACUCAAAUAGAAGUCACUGUAGAAGUUGUAUAUGGAAAAUUACUUUCAUUACCUUCCUUAGUAUUUACUUUGGUUUGUUUUCUCAGCACUUAAAUUCAAAUUAUGAGCAGAAAAUACACUUUUUAGUUGUGAAACUCAUAUUCUACCACCAUCCAUUGGCAUGUGAAAUUAAAGACGGUGUGUCCAGUUUUACCAGUUGAUAAUUAUAGCCAACCAUGACAGGAUGUGCUGUGGUAUGUGUAUUUUCGCAGCCUUCGCAGCUCAUCUAAAAGUGUUUUAAUCUUGGUUUGAAGAGAAUCAUGUUUAAAAUGGCUUUUCCAUCUCAAUAACAAAUAUCCAUUAAACUGUAUCACACAUAUACACACAGAUGUAUCAGUUAUGUAAACCAUUUUUUUGUAUAUUAAAUCCUUGU